AUGAAAGUAAAAUUGUGCAUAAAUAAGACGCGACAUCUUGCGAUAAUUUGUUUAUUUUUGAUAGGUAAACAUUCAGCCCAUUCCGAAUCAAAAUCAGAACCUCCAUGCAAACUCAAAGAUGGCUCAAAGGGUACAUGCAAAUUUUUGUCAGAAUGCCAGUCAGCGAAAGAUGCCCUUAAGAAAUCAAUAUUUCCGGAAAUAUGUGGAUUCAUUGGGACAAUGACGAUCGUUUGUUGCAAAACAAUAACUUCGUUCAAUCCUAUCGUCAUCCCUUCAGUUCCUGGAGAACUGAGGAAGUCAUCAGGUACUGAGCAACAUACGACUGCUAAUAAAGUAGGCAAAAUUAGCAAGGCAAAAUGCUUAGAAUAUUCCAAAUAUGCAUGGGAGGAACAACAGUCCGAUACUCUUUCUCUGAUGACGCAAUUGACUAAAACACUGGACUGUGCAUUCGACAUACAACAAAUGAUAAGUGGAGGGACACCAGCAGUUGUCAAAGAAUUUCCUCAUAUGGCUCAAAUCGGAUUCAAAUAUGAUAGAUCUGAAUUAAUAUCUUGGGAUUGCGGUGGAUCAUUGAUAAGUGAACGCUUCGUGUUGACAGCAGCCCACUGUGUCCAACAUCAAGACAGCUCACCGAAGUAUGUUAGAACUGGCAUAACAGUCCUUACGGAUAAGGCCCACAUGCAGCAACGCGCUGUAGCAGAGGUUUACCCCCACCCCCAGUACGAACCUGGCAAGCAUUACCACGACAUAGGCCUCCUGAGGCUAGCCAGACCGUUCGAAAUGAACCCGUAUGCUAGACCAGCGUGCCUCUUUGAUGGAAAGGUCAUCUCCCAGACCCAAGUCAUAGCCUCCGGGUGGGGCGCCAUUGGGUAUUUUGCUGAUCCCAGCCCUAGUCUCUUGAAGGUAGUGCUGGAGCUGUACGGGCCAAUAGAGUGUAAUCGGACGUAUAGGAGAGUGAUGAUGGAGUAUGGUUCGAAAUUGAGUAGGGGAAUAGUGGAUGAUAUGAUGAUUUGUGCUGGGUCUAGCAAGGACUUGAAGGAUACAUGUAGGGGUGAUUCCGGUGGUCCCCUCCAAAUUUACCACGAAGAUACCGAAGACAUCAAAUGUAUGUACGAAAUUAUUGGUGUGACAUCUUUUGGUAAAGGCUGUGGUCUUGCCAAAAAUAAUCCAGGAGUGUACACCAGGGUUUCUAACUAUCUACAGUGGAUAGAAAGUAUUGUGUGGUUGGAAUAG